AUGUUCGCACACCAUGAUAGCGAGAAAAUGUCAGACAGCAGCAUUCCCACGCCUUCUCCUAUGCCCUCUCCCCCGAUAAACCCUCAUUCCCUCUCCGAACGCAUCAAUAUCUCGACCCGCCCUCUCCACACCCAACUCAAUCGCCUUAUCCUGACCCGACUACCCCUCGCCCUUCCACCAUACACCACCAACCCCUCAACCUACGUCUCAGGCCUCUUCCACAUCGCACCUAUCUACUCAACCUUCGAAGACCUCUGGGGAGCACUGCUCUCCUUUCCACAGCUGCCGACCACCCUGCAAACCAAUCACGAUGCAUGCGAUCCAGGGCAACCCCUCCUGGACUCAAAGUCCAUUCCCUUGGUGUCGAAUAGCACGCAGAAACCCACACCCAUGAUCCACACGCCGAAGAUCUGCACAAGAACACACUCUCUACUCUCACACCUCCGGAUGCCAGGUCUGCUUCGAGCAGGGCGACUGCUGGCAGACAUACGGACCCUGACGAACACCCCGGAUCACCAGAUAACGGCCCAGUUGAGAGCCAUAUCACAUUCUGGACCUCUGGCAGAAUUUCUGCAACAUACUAAGACAUCCGUGGAAGCAAAUCCUCAUGUCUUGCUAGCAUAUGCAUGGGUUCUGUACAUGGCCCUGUUCUCGGGCGGACGGUACCUCCGGGCAGCAUUGAAAGAAGCAGGAGGCCAAGGCGAUGCGUUCUGGUCUCGGGAAUCUUCUCCAGUUAGACCAUACAGCAUCGACGACUCCGCCGUACCACCACGCUCAACAUCCCGCCCGGACCCCCGUACAACUCCCUCCUCGACCUCCGAGACCAACACAGCACCAACCCGUGUGCAACCCACCGCAAAAACGCUCAACCCACGUCUUCCACCUCCAGAACCAAACGCCAAACCCGUCCCAGGCCUCUCAUUCUUCUCUUUUACCGGCGACUCAGACGGGGAAGAUCUGAAAACGCUUUUCAAAUCCCGCAUAGCAGAAGCGGAGGUCCUUCUCACUGUCGGCGAGAAAGACGAUAUCGUCCUUGAAGCCCAACAUAUCUUUACCUACAUGCUCCAACUGGUCAACCAACUCGACGCCGUAGUCGGUACUACGGAGUUCGACAUUGCGGCGUCAGCUAGCACUGCGAGAGGACGACCGCUGAACGCCAGUCGUGAUAGCAUAUCUGUGGCGAAGGAGAGGAUGAGUAGGCUUGGGACGCUGGAGAAGACUGACGAUGUGACGAAGUGUGUGGCUGGUAUGGAGGGCAAGGGAGAGAGUAAGAGUAGGAGAGGGUUUUUAGAUGUGGUUGCUGGCCCAGUGGCGAGGGUCAUAAUGUUUAAAGGAAGAUUGCCCAGUUUCGAUCAAGUGGUGAGACGGUUUUCGAGCUCAAAGACCGGGACGUCGCAGGUUAUUUUUGUGGAUGAGCAUGAGGUUAAAACAGAUGGGGUAGAAACGGAGGGCAGUGAGAAAGAUCGUAUAACGACAACAUCGAGGAGCACGGGUGAGAGUGUGAAAAGGAGUGUGCUGAAGGGUCUGCCUACGCCUACCAUGGCUGUACUCCUGCUAUUCUUCUUCAUACUUUACAGACUAAAAUAA